GAAUAACUGCGCAGUAAGGAAUUCUGGCGUGAGCAGUGUGUUCUAUGGAUUCUCUUUACUGAGUGCUGCACAGGAUCAGAAAGCUCAAUGGCUGUGUUUCUUCUUUUGGCUGGAGUGGUAGCCUAUAUGAUUUUUCAUAAUAUCUUUGUCAAAGGGGCAAUAUGCAAGAGCAAUGUGAAACUGCAUGGGAAAACUGUCAUUGUAACAGGAAGUAACACAGGCAUAGGGAAGAUGACGGCACUAGAUCUGGCCAGGAGAGGUGCCAGGGUCAUCCUGGCCUGCCGCAGCAAACAGAGAGCAGAGGCCGCCCUCGCUGACAUCAAGAGGGAGAGUGGGAGCAAUGAGGUGGUCUUCAUGCAUUUGGAUCUGGGGAGUCUGAAGUCUGUUCGGUCCUUUGCUAAAACCUUCCUAAAGACUGAGCCCAGAUUGGACCUGCUCAUCAACAAUGCAGGUAUUUACAUGCAGGGCACCACAGAAGACGGCUUGGGGAUGAUGUUUGGUGUCAACUACAUCGGUCACUUCCUGUUGACCAUCCUGCUUCUGGACCGUCUGAAGGACUGCGGUCCGAGUCGAGUGGUCAACGUGGCGUCCUUGGGUCAUAAUUUUGGCAAAAUUGAUUUCAACUGCUUGAGCACUCACAAGGAGUUAGGUGUUGGCAAGUCUGCCACGGAUGUCUUUAACAUCUACUGCAACAGCAAGCUGUGUAAUGUUCUCUUCACGCAUGAGCUGGCCAAGAGACUGAAGGACACAAACGUUACCUGCUACAGCCUCCACCCUGGUAUAAUCGAAACUGAGCUGGGCCGUUACGCCAACUCUGUAUUAUUAAUGCUGUUGAAGCCCUUCUCCAUGUUGUUCUUCAAGAACACUGUGGCGGGGUCUCAGACCACCCUGCACUGUGCCCUGCAGGAGGGCCUGGAGCCCCUCUCUGGACGCUACUUCUCUAACUGUACAGUCAGGAACCUCUAUCCUAAGGCCAGAGAUGACGCUGUGGCCAAGAAGCUAUGGGAAGUCAGUGAGAAUCUGUGUGGACUCCCGUGAAAGCCUCCCCCUGUGACUCAAGCUCUCCUCAGUGUGCAAGAUGAUUUUUGCGUGGACUUGCCCUUUAAAUCAACCAACAGUGUCAAAGACAUUCUAAAAGUGCUUACUCAUGUGUGAUUAGUAUAUAGGACUGAUCUUGUGCAUUAACUUCUAAGUUCUUACCACACGUUACUAAGGGUGUUCCACUCUGCCCUAGUAGAUAUCAUAUCUGGAACAUAAUUAAAGGACCCACCCAAAACUGUGCAUGUUGGAAUCAAUUCAAUCAUGAAGUGGCAAACAGGAUGAAGAAGCAUAGGCUUACUGGGCAAUUCAAGACUGAUGGGAAAAAGUACAUGUUCCUCAAUGGGGCUGUUGUGCAUUCAUUGGUUGUAUAAUAAUUGUGCCAGCACUGAACAGUGCAUCCAUUCAUAUUUUAGAUAAUGUAAUCUCGUGGUUAUAGAUCAUGUGGAUAUGGCAGUGGAGCUGAUGCGGUUUGUUGCCUUGAUCAUGUUGAUUGGAAUAAAAAACCAGGGGUGGAAAGAGUACUAAAAUAUCUUACUCAAGUAGAAGUACUGUUAAUUUAAUACAAUUUUACUCAAGUAGAAGUCAAAUGAAUGGUGUAAAAAAACUACUCAAGUAAAAUGUAGCUAAUUUAAAAAGUACCUCUGAAUACAUUUAAUUGAGUUACUUUUAAAAUAUAAACAUUGACCUUGAUAAUUAGCUGAUUUUGCUCAAAUUACCUGAACGUUGUGACACGAUAUUUUCCAUGCAUUCAAUUGAAAAAGAAAGAGGCAAUGAAUGAAAGUAUUUUAUGAGUUAUAACAAGGCACAUCUGUAUGUAAAAUUAUUAACAUUUGAAAACAAACAUUCAAAGCAAUUAAAAUGUAUAGAUUUUUUUUUUUUACGAUACAAAAUAAAGUGCAUAAGCAAUAAAGUUGCCAGACUUCUAUAUACUUCAGACUCUAGAAAUAAACAUGUCUUCUUUUUUCAACCA